ACGAAGAAUACCUACACUUCUGAAUUGGCGAAAUCGCCCUAAGUACCGGAGCUUCAAUUGCGCGCUUGACUGCUUACGUUUCCUGGUCAAGUUGACGUGCAACCUUCUUCUCGCUCACAAUGUCAAACACAGGGAACCAGUACAAGUUGGAAUGCUCUUUGCAUGGGCACGAGUCGGAUGUCCGAGCUGUCCUUCCUUUGAGCAAUGACGUGGUUAUUUCGGCGGCAAGAGACAAGACCGUCCGUUCAUGGAAUCGUAACAAACCCAAUGACUUUCAAGAGGACAGGCUGUAUUCAGGCCAUACCAACUAUGUCAACGCAUUAGCUUACUUACCGCCAAAUGAAGAUCAUCCUAAUGGUCUCAUUGUUUCCUCUGGAGCUGGAAAAGUCAUCCAUGUUCACGAUGUUGAUCGUCCCGACGAGCCUGUUUACACUUUGAUCGGACAUGAAAAGACCGUCUGUAGCUUAGCAGUAACAUCUUCAGGAGACAUAAUAUCAGGAUCUUGGGAUCACACGGCUAUUGUUUGGAAGAACUUUCAGCAAGCAUAUGUACUUCGAGGUCACGAAGAAGCAGUUUGGUCCGUUCUACCCGUAAAGGAAGAUGUCAUCCUGACAGCUUCUGCAGACAAAACCAUCAAGUUGUGGACCAAUGGCAAAGAAAGCCGAACAUUCACUGGUCACACUGGCGUUGUCAGAGACCUUGCUUUGCUUCCAGGACAGGGUUUCGUUUCUUGCUCGGCUGAUUGUACAAUAAGAGUAUGGUCCUUUUCCGGACAAACUUUACUGGAGCUAGUCGGCCAUACAAAUUUUGUGUAUUCUGUAGCAGUUUUAUCUACUUUAGAGAUCAUCUCCAGUGGUGAAGAUGGCACUAUACGAUUGUGGAGAGAUGGUGAAUGUGUUCAAACUAUCCAGCAACCAUGUUUAUCCGUAUGGUGUAUCAAUGCCCUACCAAACGAUGAUAUAGUGGUCGGAAGUAGUGAUGGCGUUGUGCGACUUUUUACAAAAACAACCGAUCGUUGCGCGGACCAAGAGACACUCAAACAAUUUGACGAUUUGGUAGCCAGCCAUGCAAUUCCAUCUGGUCAAAUUGGUGACAUCAAGAAGGAUGACCUUCCAGGAGAGGAAGCUUUACAGGUACCAGGGAAAAAGGAAGGCCAGGUCAUCAUGAUUCGCAACGGUAAUAUUGUAGAGGCACACCAGUGGAGUACAGCUGCAUAUGAGUGGCAAAAGGUCGGAGAAGUUGUAGACGCAGUAGGCUCCGACAAAAAGCAAACAUACAAAGGCAAAGAAUAUGAUUACGUUUUCGACAUCGAUAUCAGUGGAGAUGACCAACCGGGCAGUAUGCUAAAGCUUCCAUACAAUGUUACGGAUAAUCCAUACGAUACUGCACAAAAAUUCAUUUGGGAACAUGAGCUCUCACAGGGGUUCUUGGACCAAAUCGCAAACUUUAUCAUUCAGAAUGCGAAAGGCGUUGAACUUGGUAUGAAUAAUACUGAAUAUGUCGACCCUUAUACUGGUGCAUCCCGAUACACCCCUGGUAAUCGAGCUGCUAGCACAUCUACAUCAUAUUCUGAUCCAUUCACAGGCGCAUCUGCUUACAACUCAACGCCUACCCCAAAGCCAGUUGCAGCCAAAAUUCUUCCACAGCGCUCACCGCUGCUGUUUAAACAAGCAAGUCUCGCUGCUCUCCGUCAAAAGCUUAUUACCACGAAUGGUCAGUUAGAUCCCGAAACUGCUCUUUCACCGGAGCAGUUCGAACAUGUCUUAAGUGGCGUGCAGUUUCUGCAAAAUCCCACCGCUAGUGCUAAUGGACAGGAACAACGAAGUGCAAUCGAAGCCAUAGCCAAGAUGGUCACUACGUGGCCCGUCGAUCUUAGAUUCCCCGGACUGGACCUUCUUAGAUUAUAUGCACUAUAUCAACCUGCAUUAAUCAUUGCCUGUCUCGCUGACUCUGACUUGGAGGCGUUCUUUAGAGUUUGGGCUAAUUUGAAUGACCUGAGCACGGUAACUGCACCCGUCAACAAAACAUUGGAAACCAACUAUAUGCUAGCCGUGCGAACCUAUGUCAACCUCUUCGGUAGUGACGCUGGAUUGGAGUACAUCAAAAGUCACCAGCUAAGCAUAUAUAGCCUACUAUUGGCUGAUGGAGCAUGGCAAUCGUUCAAGACAAAGAACUUCCGUUUGGCAGUCUACCGUGCAGUUGUGGCCAUAGGAACAUUGGUGACCCAGUCAUCCACUUCCCGGGAAGCAGCUGUUGCGUUUGAUGCCCGAGUAGUGCUGCAGGCUGUCGGCCACCAGCAAAAGGGUCAACAGAUUAGCCAAGCACUAGGCGAACUGGACGUCCUUUUCCGGAAAAUGUCCCUUCAAAAGCAAUAGUUCGGGUAAUACAGAACCGUAAAUCCCCGCAUUCGGGGCAUUCUCCAAAUAAAUAUCCCGUGCUGGAAAAAGCGGACCUGAACAAUGG